AUGGAAGACGAAAUCAUGCAAGCAACGAACAGCAGCCAUAAUGCAAUGGGAAUUAAGAAUUAUGUAAUUGCUCGAUUUCUGUAUGCUGUUAUUGAUGAUGUUCUUAUGCUUCUGAGCGAUUUGAAAGAAUCACCGGAUCAAUACUUUAAGGAUGGUUUGUUCGACAGACUCUCCCAUCUUGAUAAAACUGGUCUUACUGAUUCAUCAAAGAUCAUAAAUCUGCUCCUUGAAAAAAUUAAACGUCGUGCUCUCGAUUAUAAUCUUCCAACGGCUGAACUUCUUCGUCGACUUUGUUCACGUAGUGCAGAUCUCAUAGUUGAAAAACAAUAUUACAAUCAGUUUCAGGAUUACUUUAAUCAAAAAAACGAAAGUCCAACAAUGACCGAUUUCAACAAAUGGACGAAUUCAAACUUUGACGACGGAGAAAUAUCAGGGUUUGAACCACUAUUCAAAAUAUAUUAUGACAAAAUUAUAAAGGAUGAUGAGAGUGAGAUACAGCUUACAACAAAUAUGAGCAGUCGGCCUAUCAACGACCUAACAUUUGAACGUUGUGAUAUACCUCGCGAAGUUCCCAUUGAUGGCAAUGAAAACUCAAAUGUUUCGGGUGUAAAGGCAUCGUUUGAGACAUAUUUCGCUAAGUUUCGUGGCUCAUUUAACCUCAAAUGGGAUCAUCCUCAUAAUCCCACAAAUAUCGAAGCAUAUGAGAAGUGUACCAUGGUACAUGCUAAAGCCCCGUGUUAUCGAGAACCUUAUCGUGAUGAAGAAUUUCCACCUAUACUUACAAAUCUUGUCAUCCGUCAGCCUUCUUACGUUUCAAUUCUUCCCCUUCUAAUUAGUGCUCGUCAUAAUAAGGUGAAUAUUCAAGACUACCAUAUUAUAAGUGAAAGAUAUUCAUUCCGAAAAAUUGCUAUGAAUAAAGAAGAUUAUGUCAUAAGUGUGCAGAAAAUUGGUAACACGGUAUUUCUCAGACGACAUGACGAACGACCCGAUACUAUGAAUGAUGUUGGUCAUCGAUUUGAACGACUGUGUAUGCCUGAUUAUAACAUCGAAGCGUCUUACUACCAAUUAAUUGAAGGAAAUAUAGGCAAUUUAAGAACAUUAAUAUCAGGUGAAACUGAUGCAGUCGUAGAAAAUGAACAUGCUAUUGAACUCAAAUGUAGCAAACGUGACACUAUGAACAGUAAUUAUCUCGAUCAACCUUGGUUGCAAACAUUUCUUAGUGGAGUUGAUGUUAUUGUAUUUGGCACAUGGGAAGGAGCCGAUUCUAGGGAACAGAUAAAGGCUAUUCAAUAUUUUCUAGUUAAGGGAUUUAUUGAAGAGUCUGACAAGAACCAAAUGUUACAGAGACUUCAUGAUGUUCUUCAGUUUCUUACAGACCGUGUGAAAGAAGAUAAAGUUUACUUGUUAUCACGUCGAUAUGAUCUAAACAAACUAAAGCGUGACGUAUACUUGUAUGAAGUGGCUAGUCAAGAUCAACCAAAUCUAACAUUUAUUUCAUCAGAGAUGUCCGAUAAAUUCAUCAAUAACGAUUCAAUGACCGCACCGCAAGACAAUUCAGUGACCGAACUAGAAAGCGAUCCAGUGAUCGAACCACAAAGCGAUCCAGUUACUGAACCACAAGACGAUCCAGUGUCCGAGCCACAAAGCGACCCAGUGACCAAACCACAAAGCGAUAAUAAAAGUUGGACAAUUAUUAAAACUUGGCUAAAUCCAACUGUACAAAAAAAAGUACAUUUUAUACAUAGUGCAGAUGAAUUAUCUGAAUUUAUUGAUCCAUCUGUUCUUCCAAAAAGAUUAAAUGGUAAUCAACCAGAUUUCAAAUAUAUUCCACCAACAAUAGAAGAUGAAGCAAUGUAUAAUGCUUUUCGUGCUGAUACGAAAGGUAAAACAAUUGCUGAAG